UGUCAGUGGAACUAUAACUAUAAAUAUUCAUGAGAUGACGGAUCAUCCGACGGCGCCCUCGAGGCCGCGUGAAAGCUUGUUCAUUUUCAUCGACUCUGUUAGACCCCAACAAUAACAACAACAACAACAACAACCGCUCCAAAAUGAGGUUCGCCGCCCUCCUUACUGGCUUCCUUGCCGCGGCGCAAGCCGAAAAGAACUACUUCUUCCGCUACUCUGGCGGCAACGACAUUAUCGACCACCAGCGCCUGCGCAGCAACAUUUCGAUUCAGCACACCUCCCCGGGUGUGACCCUGCCGCCGUACAAUCCAAAGGACCACUUUAUGCGCCUCUAUCCCAACGCGACGGCCCACCCGCCGGCCGUUGCGCUGGUGAUAGUGCCCACCAACCCACACCCGCCGCCGGUGCCGGGCUACUACGGGCUGAGCGACCGCGAGGGCGUGCCGGACGCGUACCGGCUCGUCUAUUCGUACCGCCUGGACGAGGAGGGUCCCGGGUUCAAGUACGCCGGGUGGCGGCUGCGGCCGGCCGGCCCCGGCAGCGAGCCGGGCACACUGCGGCUGCGGUAUCCCAUCGGCGAGGGGCGUGCCGCGGCGGGCGAGGAGGAGGAGGAGGAGGAGGAAGAGGAGGGAAAGGGCGGGCACGGCAAGUGGAGGUGGAUCGCGGUCAAGGAGAAGGAUGGCGAUGGCGACUAUGACAAGUGGGUGCCCUGGUACGUCAAGCGGUGUGCCGCAAACGGUGCCGUGUUGGCUACCUGGGACUACGUAAAUGUCGAUCUGGAACUGGUAGAGGCCAAGGGCGCUGUCAACUCGAGCGCGCCUGGCGGCGUGAACGAGUAAAGGGGGGGGGAGGGAAUAAUCGGGUUCAGGUUGGCUUUGUCUCUCGUUUCGGGUGACUAAUGAGUUGGAACUGCAAGACGUAGCAACGCCGGAAAAGAAAAAAAAAUGCUUUCUUCUUGUCG